AUGACGCAGGGUCCGGGCGGGCGCGCGCCCCCCGCGCCCCCCGCCGCCCCGGAGCCCGAGGCGCCCACCACCUUCUGCGCGCUGCUGCCCCGCAUGCCGCAGUGGAAGUUCGCCGCCCCCGCGGGCUUCCUGGGCCGGGGUCCCGGGGCCGCGGCGGCGCGGGCGGCGGGGGGCGCGGGGGCGGCGGCGGGGGGCGCGGAGCCCCCGCCCGGACCCCCCGGCCCCGCCGCCGGCGUCCCCGCGCUGGCCGCCGCCGUCCUGGGCGCCUGCGAGCCCCGCUGCGCCGCCGCGCCCUGCCCCCUGCCGGCGCUCAGCCGCUGCCGCGCGGCGGGGACGCGGGGGACGCGGGGCGCGCGCGGGGCCGCCCCGGACGCCGCGGCCGACGAGUGGAUCCGCAAGGGCAGCUUCAUCCACAAGCCGGCGCACGGCUGGCUGCACCCCGACGCCCGCGUGCAAGGCCCGGGGGUCUCUUACAUCGUGCGGUACAUGGGCUGCAUUGAGGUGCUCCGAUCCAUGCGCUCUCUGGAUUUCAACACCCGCACGCAGGUAACCAGGGAAGCCAUUAACCGGCUGCAUGAAGCAGUGCCUGGUGUGCGGGGCUCCUGGAAGAAGAAGGCCCCCAACAAGUCUCUGGCCUCCAUCCUGGGCAAAAGCAACCUGCGAUUUGCCGGCAUGAGCAUCGCCAUCAGCAUCUCUGUGGAUGGUCUCAACCUCUCCGUGCCCGCCACACGCCAGAUCAUUGCCAAUCAUCACAUGCAAUCAAUUUCCUUCGCCUCCGGCGGCGACACAGACAUGACAGAUUACGUGGCCUACGUGGCCAAGGACCCCAUCAACCAGAGAGCCUGUCACAUCCUGGAGUGCUGUGAUGGUCUUGCACAGAGUGUCAUCAGCACAGUGGGCCAGGCCUUCGAGCUGCGCUUCAAACAGUAUCUGCACAGCCCCCCUGCUGUGGUUGUGCCCCCUGAGAGGCUGAUGGGUCCUGAGGAGUCAGCUUGGGGGGACGAGGAGGAGAAUGAACAUAACUACUACAACAGCAUCCCCGGGAAGGAGCCGCCCCCUGGCGGGCUGGUGGACUCCAGGCUCACCCUCACUCAGCCGGGUGCCCUUGGCCAGGGCACCUCCCCUGCUCGAAGAGACACCCGAGGCCUGCAGUGGGACCUGGGCCCCUCAGCCUCUCCAGGGGAUGGCUACGUGCAGGCAGAUGCCCGAGGUCCCCGGGACUAUGAGGACCAUCUCUACGUCAACACGCAGGGUCUGGAUGCCCCCGAGCUUCUGCGUCCAGAGGACAGUCCCCAGAAGGACCUGUUUGACAUGCGACCCUUCGAGGAUGCCCUGAAGUUGCACGAAUGCUCCCUGGCAGCCGCACCAGUGAGCACGGUCCCCAUGGAGGACCAGUGGCCCAGCCCUCCCACCCGUCGGGCCCCCAUUGCCCCCACGGAGGAACAGCUGCGACAGGAGCCCUGGUACCACGGCCAGAUGAGUCGUCGCGCUGCCGAGAAGCUACUGCGAGCCGAUGGCGACUUCCUUGUGCGUGACAGUGUCACGAACCCGGGCCAGUACGUGCUCACUGGCAUGCACGCUGGGCAGCCCAAGCACCUGCUGCUGGUGGACCCGGAAGGCGUGGUAAGGACCAAGGACGUGCUGUUUGAGAGCAUCAGUCACCUGAUCGACUACCAUGUGCAGAACGGGCAGCCUAUCGUGGCCGCCGAGAGCGAGUUACACCUGCGCGGCGUGGUCAAGCGCGAGCCCUAAGCUAGGUG